CUUUGGAGUCACAGAGCAAGAAGAAGGAGAAAGCAGCAGCUGAAGCGAGAAGCAUCUCAGUGAAGGGAAAGAUCUUGGGAAGAGAACAUCUCACUGACAGCAGCUCCAGCACAGCCUGCUUCUGCUUCCCGUCUUCUCUCUCUCUCUCCCUCCUUGGCUUUCUCUUCCCCGUUCUUGUGUUCUUUCCUCUCUUUCUCCCUUCUGUCUCCUUCCCUUACUGCCCCUUUCUUGCUGUCCCUUCCCUGGCAGACUCCACUCCAGAUCUGUGCUGCCUGCUACCUACAAACUUUUUUGAGCGGAUCCCCUUAAACCAGAAGACAAGUAACUGCUGCUCUUCUGCCUUCGGCUCCUUUGAUCGUCAGAGAGGCGACGCCACAAGAGUUUUAACUAUUUCGGCUGAAACUUGGGAGACAGUUUUUUUUUAAUCUACCCUUUAAUUGCGCAGCCAAACGCUCUUAGUGCCGGGUGUUAAGAGUUUAAUGAGUGGCAAUGUGUAGCAAAGCGAUCCUAGCACUACUGGUCUAUGGGAUAAUAAUGCACUGCAGCGUCUACUGCUCACCUGCUGCUGGAUUUCAAUACCCUGCGCUAAGGCUGGAAGAUGAAGUGUAUGACGAGGAUGGAAACACGCUGCAGGAUUUCGCCUUUGACAACGACCCCCUUGGCAUAGCGAACCCUUCCUCCAUGAUAGACGACAUGUACACCCUGUACUACCCACCGGAAAAGAGGCACGCCGAUGGGAUAUUUAACAAAGCCUACAGGAGAGUCCUGGGUCAACUAUCCGCUAGGAAAUACCUGCAUUCUUUGAUGGCCAAACGGGUCGGCGGUGCCAGCGGCCUGGAGGACGACUCGGAACCGCUCUCCAAACGGCACUCGGAUGGCAUCUUCACAGACAGCUACAGCCGCUACCGGAAACAAAUGGCUGUCAAGAAAUACUUGGCAGCGGUCCUGGGGAAAAGGUAUAAACAAAGAGUUAAAAACAAAGGACGCCGAGUAGCGUAUUUGUAGCGCUGAGUCACCCUCCACUCCUGUGUAUACAAAGCCCUAAAAAGAGAAAAACAAAAGUCAUUUCCAAAGUGACUGAACAAU